AUGGGAGAUAAAAGAAUAGCUCACUAUCGUAGCUCUCACAAGAUUUUGUUAGUGGGAGAAGGAGAUUUCUCAUUCUCACUAUGUUUGGCUAAGGCAUUUGGCACAGCCAUAAACAUGGUUGCUACCUCUCUAGAUUCUAGAGCAUCUUUAAGGAAGAAAUAUGGAAAUGCAUUGAGGAACUUAAGAGAACUUAAAGGUCUUGGAUGUACCAUUGUGCAUGGAGUUGAUGUGCACACUAUGUUGGAACACCCACUUCUCGAAAAUCGUUAUUUUGAUCGUAUAAUUUAUAAUUUUCCUCAUGCUGGUUUCGCUUAUCGUGAGAGUGAUGACUAUCAAAUUAAGCUACAUAGGUCUUUAGUGAGUGGAUUUUUCUACAAUGCUAAAUUCAUGCUUAACAAAGGUGCAGAAAUUCACAUUACUCACAAGACAGCACACCCUUUCAGUAAAUGGAAUAUCAGAGGAUUGGCUAAACGUCAGAGAUUGUUGUUGGUGGAAGAAGCUGAGUUUUAUCUGGAUCUUUACCCUGGUUACAGUAACAAAAGAGGAGAUGGACGUAACAGUGAUAGAAGCUUCCCUAUUGGAGAGUGCAACACAUUCAUGUUCAUGAGUUAUUUUGAUCGUUUUUUAUAG